UUGGAUAGCUUCCAAACUCUCAACUUUUUCGUUCAACAAGACGCGCAAAAAUAUUGAUUAAUUAAUUUACCACUAAAAUAAAGUAUGUAAUGAUACUGUUCGUUAGCGUUUUCUAUAUAACAGAGUCCAUUUACGAAGUGCUGUGGCCUCUUCUCAUUUCACUCUCCAGUCUCCACUCAGGUCCCAAAAAGUGGUAUUGAAGUAUAAUUAGCAUGGAAGACUCCAGUCAAAGUGGAUUCAAGUGUGAUGAAGAAAAGGCAUUAAAUAAUUUGCUUGAUGCAUUUGGCUCUGCAUUUUCUCUUGAAGAAAUAGCUUCUGCAUUUUGUAAGGCCAAACAGGAUGCAGACUUGGCUGGUGUAUUAUUGUCUGACAUGCAGAUGAGCUCCUCAACCUCAACAACAAAUUCACCUGAUGCUGAUGCCGGGGUUGAAGCAUGUGCAAAAUCAUCAGAUGGUUUCUCCUCUGAGAAUUCCUCUCAAGAAGGAUAUUCCAAGGAUCCAAAGCCCGAGUUUCACCCACUUUCAGUAGGCACUGUUUCAAGCAGGCUUGGUAAGGAUUAUGUAAGAUCCAUCCAAUCAUCAAAUAUGUCUCAUCAUGGAACGACUAAGGCAUUGAAGUUGGAUGCAAAUUUGCUGGCAAUGUCUGAAAUCCUGGUUGCUGACUGUGAGCCAAAUAUUUCAAACCAUAAUCAGCCUGACCAGGACAUGAAGAUUUCGUAUUUAAAAUGCUUGGACAUGGUUUUCAGCUUGACAGAGAGAAGAUACGGGAAGUUCUGGAUAAUUGCGGUUAUGAUAUGAAAAAGAGCAUGGAUAAAUUGAUGGGCGAAUCAAUUUUAACUUCUGAUGAAGUGGCACGUGUCGUUGGCGAAUUUUCUGGAAGGUCGACAGAUAGGGAACGAAAAUCUGAAGUACCUUCAUAUGAAAUAAAGUCACAGAAUGUAAAUUAUCCGGGAAGCAAAGUUUCAAACGAUGGAGUUGAUUUACAUUGGCACAGGAAAGAUAGAGAAGAGCUUCAGCAAGAAGUCUUGACUUCUUUGUCUCAAAUUUGUGAGCAUUCUGAAGAGUCUUCUAAGAAAAUAAUUGAGGGUGGGAAAAAGCUUUCACCUUACAGAGAAGUGGUAAAUGAACCUCCUGAAGACUCCCCGGAAGAAUACGAGACUGACACAAAUUACUUGGGACAAGAAAACAUAGGUGAUCCGGAAGAUGAAGAUGAGUACCAGAAUCUCCGUAAAGCUGUGAAGGAGUACCGAGCAACAAUGAUUGAAUAUCAUAGAGCAGCUGUUGAUGCAUCUGUGAAAGGGGAUUCUGUCAAAGCAAAGAAACUUAUGGAGGAGGGGCAACUUUUUCUCACAAAAGCACGUGAAGCAGAUGACGAAUCUAAUAAAAUGAUUGUUGAAACUAAGAAUGGAGAGUCACAAGAUUUUAUGGUUGACUUACGUCAACAGGGUCCGAAGGAGAUUUUACGAGUAAUAAAGUGCCAUUUGUCUCUAUCUGCUGCUUUCAAGUACCUCAAGGUUAUUAUUGAUGAAAGUAAUCAAGAUUUCUCUGAAGGUUCUCCGAGUCAAAAAAGAAAAAGACGGAUCGUGAAGCUGUUAGAAAAGGAGUCUUUAGCGUGGGAUGAAGGGGAGACUGUGGGUACAAUCAUGGUCUGCUUGGAUAAAAUAGGCCAUACAAAGCCAGAGUAAUGUGCUCAUUGGCAUGGAACCAUUAAGUGCUAGUUACAGUACUUGGUCUUGAGCAUGAGGCCAUGAAUGAAAAUUUGGGUUUUCUUCAUUUGAGAGAGAGAGGGGGGGGGGGAAGUUGGAUUUGAGUGUGUUGAGGUUUUUUUUUUUUUUUUUGUGAAU